AUGAACCACUUAAAAGCCAAAAAGUUAGCCGAAGCCGAACGAGAGCAAGAAAAAAUAAAUAAUCCUGGUAAUUGCCAAAGUCCUAGCUGCCAAACCAAAAUAAAGAAAGGGCAAUAUUGCUCGCCCUGCUUGAAAAAGUCAAUUGACGAAACAUUUAAAAGGAGUCAAGAAAAAAGUGCGGAGUUAAACAAUAUACUCGAUGAUAAUGAAGAAAGCAAUAAAAACUUACGGGAAGCCCUGCUUGAUUAUUUAGCCCAGUUGGAACAGAAAGGUAAAAACAGAAGUUUCGAAGAAAUUGAGGCAGAAAUGAGACAAAACGAAGCAGAAAUAGCCCGAAUUAAACAGCAAAUCGCGGACAACGAGCGAAAUAAAGGCAAUGAUUCUCCUAAUGACCCACCAGGAGAUAAUAAUCCUCCUCCUACUAACGAUUCUCCUUCUAAUCCUAUUACUCCUCCCUCUCCAUCCGUUUCUGCUCCGCUAAACAAUAAUCCUUCUUCCCCAACUGCUAAUAACCAAAGUAAUAUUAAAUGCUGUAAUUGUAAAAAAUACUUCAAUUAUGGUGAUAAUACGCAUUAUUUUCCCCAAAAGCCCGAUAAAAAGUGGUGUGAUGCUUGCGACCCCGAAGCCAAGAUAAUCUUUCCAGCUAUCCAACAAAUAAUUCAAGGUCAGGAGAUAAAUAUUGACAAUUUAAAUAUUUCGUUCCAAAAUAAACAAGUAUUAAAAAUCGCUGCUCGAAUUGUCAAAGGUCAAAAGGUAGACAUAGAUGAUAUGAUUGGGAUUGAUGAUGAGGAAAAACAAGAGUUAAAAGAACUUCAAAGAUUAGUUCAGAGUGGUCAAAUACCAACUUCCACUAAUAAUCCACAAAAGAAAGUUAAAGAAUUGAAAAAAGCUGAAAACCAACUAAUUUAUUUGGAAGCCAUUUCCAAAAGGUCCAAAGACUUUCAUAUCAAAGAAGCCUUAAUUCGUUAUUUAGAGGACGUGGAAGACCUUCGGAUUGCUUUGGAAAGACUAGAAAAAGGGGGCAAAACUUAUACUUCCGAGGAGGCAAUUUGGAAAGGUGAAGCGGUAGAGGACUUAGCCAAAAUUGACCGAACCAUAGCUCAAAAGAUUUUUGACAAGGUAGAAAAUUAUCUAAUUAAAAAUCCCACGGAAUAUGGCAAGCCCUUAGUUGCUAACGAUAUCAAACUAGAUAAAAUUUUGUUGGAGGAAGAAAAAGAACUAACCAGCGAAUAUCUUCAACUAGAAAAAGAACGAAAAAACCUAGCGGCGGUAAUUCAGUGUCAGGCUCGCACUAAUGAAAUUCUGACUCGCCAAGAAGAAAUAAACAAAAUAAACUUAUAA